CUGAGAGGGGCCAAUACCAGCCGUUCUGCGUCUGUCCCGGCCCGCUGCGGGCCGCUCCGCGGGUGCCUCGCCCGGGGUGCCCUAGGCUCUCGGCCAACGGCCUCUGCGAGCGCCCCGGGAGCCGGCGGGCGGCGGCCCUGUCCGGGACGCUCCGGGGGGCCCAGGGGGACUGACGAGGCUCCAAGUCCAGCCCAUGCACAGGAAGCAAGUUAAGGAUUAAUAUGAAGCUCAGAAGCAGAUAGUGCCAGACAACGAGCAGUACUUGGUACACAUUUCUGGAAAAGCAGUGUCCGUGUUGUUAUGUACACCUCCAAAACAGUUCAGAUCUGUAGGGGACUUGUGUAAAGUCACGGAACUGCAGAGUAGCAGUGUUUUCAUAGCUGUUGUAGGCCUGUGUUUACUGUGUUACAAUGAGUAAGAGAACAAGCAGCGACACGCCCCUAGGAAGGGUUAGCGUGGCAGCAUUUCCUUCUCCCACUGCUGCUGAGAUGGCAGAAAUUAGUCGAAUUCAGUAUGAAAUGGAAUACACCGAAGGUAUUAGUCAGCGAAUGAGGGUCCCGGAAAAAUUAAAAGUCGCACCACCAAAUGCUGACCUGGAACAAGGAUUCCAAGAAGGAGUUCCAAAUGCUAGUGUGAUAAUGCAAGUUCCAGAGAGGAUUGUUGUAGCAGGAAAUAAUGAAGACGUUUCGUUUUCAAGACCAGCAGAUCUUGACCUUAUUCAGUCGACUCCUUUAAAACCUCUGGCACUAAAAACACCACCUCGUGUACUUACACUAAGUGAGAGACCACUAGAUUUUCUGGACUUAGAACGACCUUCUCCAACCCCUCAAAGUGAUGAAAUCCGUGCAGUUGGCAGGCUAAAAAGAGAGCGCUCUAUGAGUGAAAAUGCUGUUCGCCAAAGUGGACAGCUGGUCAGAAACGAUGCUAUGUGGUACAGAUCAGAUUCUGCCCCAAGAAAUAAAAUUUCAAGGUUCCAGGCAUCGAUUUCUGCACCGGAGUACACUGUGACACCAUCGCCACCACAGGCACGGGUCUGUCCUCCCCAUAUGCUACCUGAAGAUGGAGCUAAUCUUUCCUCUGCUCGUGGCAUUUUGUCGCUUAUCCAGUCUUCUACUCGUAGGGCUUACCAGCAGAUCUUGGAUGUGCUGGAUGAAAAUCGCAGUGUAAGAAGACAAAAUGAAAUACGUUAUGAAAGACCUGUGUUGCGUGGUGGGUCUGCUGCCGCCACUUCCAAUCCUCAUCAUGACAACGUCAGGUAUGGCAUUUCAAAUGUAGAUGCAACAAUUGAAGGAACAGCAGAUGACAUGACUGUUGUAGAUGCAGCUUCAUUAAGACGACAGAUAAUCAAACUAAAUAGACGCCUACAACUUCUAGAAGAGGAAAACAAAGAACGUGCUAAAAGAGAAAUGGUCAUGUAUUCAAUUACUGUUGCUUUCUGGCUGCUUAAUAGCUGGCUCUGGUUUCGCCGCUAGAGGUAACCUCGGCGUUCAGAUAUAUUGUCUCAGCUGUUGGAAAUAUAAAGGAUUUACAAACGUCUUUGUUUCUGUCUUUGCAGUGUAUGCGAUUUUAUAUAGCCCAUGCCCUAAAAAAAUGUAUUUCUUCCAGAAAGUAGGGGAAAGGACCUAUAUUUGUAGAAGUAAGGUAUAUUCUGUCCCUCUGCUGUACUCUCUUUAAGCUAGUUCUGCAGUAACAUCUUACGUAUAAUUCUUUUGCAUGUUUUGUAAAUAGGUACUAUUUUGUUUUUUGGUUUUUUUUAA